AAUUUGUUGUGCCAAUAAAAAAACACUCACUUACAAGGCUGCAGACGCAUAUACUCUUAUACGUACCAUGGCCGCAAAAAAAUGCAAUACUCAUAUUUUUCUGCCAUUUCUCCUUAUUUUAGCUGCAUGGGCAACAAAAAUAGCUUGUCGUCCUCUGGAUGAGCAGGAAUAUAUGUUGAAGAGGCAUGGAGAAUGGAUGGCUCAAUAUGGACGUGUCUAUGGAGACAUGAAAGAGAAGGAUAAACGAUACUUGAUUUUCAAGGAAAAUAUUGAACGUAUAGAAGCAUUUAACAACGGUUCUGACCGCGGAUACAAGCUUGGUGUGAACAAAUUCGCAGACUUGACCAAUGAAGAAUUUCGUGCUAUGUAUCAUGGGUACAAGAGACAAUCAUCCAAAUUGAUGUCUUCAUCAUUUAGAUAUGAAAAUCUAAGUGACAUACCAACUUCAAUGGAUUGGAGAAAUGCUGAAGCAGUCACCCCAGUUAAAGACCAAGGCAGAUGUGGGUCUUGCUGGGCAUUUUCCGCAGUGGCAGCAAUAGAAGGAAUUAUAAAGCUUAAGACAGGCAAGUUAAUAUCAUUAUCAGAGCAACAGCUUGUGGACUGUAAUGCUGGAAAUAAAGGCUGUCAAGGUGGUUUCAUGGAUACUGCGUUCCAAUAUAUUAUACGAAAAGGAGGGCUAACAAGCGAAGAGAAUUACCCCUACCAAGGAGUAGAUGGCACUUGCAAUAGCGAGAAGGCAGCAUCUAUUGAAGCAGAAAUAACUGGGUAUGAAGACGUGCCACAGAAUAAUGAAAACGCUCUCCUGCAAGCUGUGGCCAAACAGCCAGUAUCUGUUGGUAUUGACGGUGGUGGGCAGGAUUUCCAGUUUUAUAAAAGUGGUGUCUUCAAAGGGGAUUGUGGGGCAGAGCAAAACCACGCGGUUACUGCAAUUGGAUUUGGUACUGACAGCGAUGGGACUGAUUAUUGGCUGGUGAAGAAUUCGUGGGGAACCAGUUGGGGUGAAAGCGGGUAUAUGAGGAUGCAAAGAGGCAUCGGUGCUAGCGAGGGCCUAUGUGGCGUUGCCAUGGAUGCUUCUUAUCCGACUGCAUGAGAAAAUGCAAGGGUCGUGUGAUUAAUAUUAAACUAAAUAGUAAAAAGUGUGUGGUACUUUAUUAUAUGUACGGUUUGG